AUGGCGCCCGCACAGGUCGCAGACCCCGUCGAGGAUGUCGACAUGACCAACGAUGAUGAGGAUGACCAGGCCGAGCGUCUCAUCAAUGAAGAGUACAAGACAUGGAAGAAGAACAGCCCCUUCCUCUACGACAUGAUCUUGGGAAAGGCAUUGACUUGGCCCACCUUGACGGUCCAGUGGUUUCCGGAUGUUAAGGAUGUCGCGGACCAGAACUUUCGCACCCAUCGCCUCCUGCUCGGCACUCACACGUCAGAUGACAGCCCCAACUACCUCCAGAUUGCCAAUGUCCAAAUCCCCAAGCAUGUGUCGCCGAACCCCGACAGCUACGACGAUGAGCGUGGGGAGAUUGGAGGCUACGGGAAGACGGGCGACGUGGCAGCCAUCAAGGCCGACAUUGUUCAUAAGAUUGAACACCCCGGCGAGGUGAACAAGGCCCGCUACCAACCCCAGAACCCCGACAUCAUUGCCACUCUAUGCGUCGACGGUAAGAUUCUCAUCUUUGACCGCACCAAGCAUGCCCUCCAGCCGACCACGCUCGGCAAGAUCAGCCCCCAGGUUGAGCUGGUCGGACACAAAGCCGAGGGGUUCGGACUGGCCUGGAGCCCGCACGAGGAGGGCUGUCUGGCUUCGGGCAGCGAAGACAAGACUAUGUGUCUUUGGGACUUAAAGAAGCUCGAGGCCGACACCAAGGUCCUCAAGCCGUCUCGCCGAUACACGCAUCACAGCCAGGUCGUCAACGACGUGCAAUAUCACCCCAUCUCUAAGAACUUCAUCGGCUCCGUUUCGGAUGACCAGACGCUGCAAAUUGUGGACGUGCGCAACGGCGAGACGGACAAGGCGGCUCUGGUCGCCAGGCGGGGACACCUUGACGCGAUAAACGCCCUGUCAUUUAACCCCAACUCCGAGGUGCUCGUGGCCACGGCCUCUGCCGACAAGACCAUCGGUAUCUGGGAUCUGCGCAAUGUCAAGGAAAAGGUUCACAGCCUUGAGGGACACAACGAUGCCGUGACAUCACUUUCAUGGCACCCCACCGAGGCUGGAAUCCUCGGCAGCGCCAGCUACGACCGCAGGAUCAUAUUCUGGGAUCUGUCGCGCAUCGGCGAGGAGCAGCUCCCCGACGACCAGGAUGAUGGACCCCCCGAGCUGCUUUUCAUGCACGGCGGCCACACCAACCAUCUCGCCGACUUUAGCUGGAACGUCAACGAGCCCUGGCUGGUAGCCAGUGCCGCCGAGGACAACCUGCUGCAGAUCUGGAAAGUUGCGGAGUCGAUUGUCGGCAAGGACGACGGUGACCUCCCCGUUGAUGAGCUCGACCGAUAG